UGCAUAAUUUAUUGUAUUAUUUAUGCAUUUAGCACAGUGGUCUAGUCUUAUUUGUCAGGCCUCGUGUGACCCAUAUGUUUUAUCCAUACUAUACUAUGCGUACUAUACUAUCCCGAGUGUGUAGUACAGCAGUAUUGAGUGUGGUCUGAGUGCUGUCAGGUCUGUGUGCUUAUCCCUGCUUUCUGUUGGUUCCUGAGCGCGUGCGUCAGCCUCCAGUGCAACAGCAUAUGUCCUGAGGCACGUUCUAGUGGCGCUCAUAAGAAACAAGCGCACAUUCAACAGGUUAACCGAGACACAGCGGAUUCUCUCCUGACACUUUUAUUCACGUCAUUACAGGGGGGAAAAGAAAAAAAAACUAAAGCGGAAACCUGUUUAAAUGGACAAUUCGUCAAGUUGAUCUCCGGAUGCACAAUCUAACAACUUUUUUUUAUUAUUAUUAUUUUUUUACAUAAACUUUGUAGUCUUUAUUUUUAGUUUGCGCGCUGCUUCUUUGAAAGCAAGUCCGUCUUGAGUGCUUUUUGUUUGGUUUUUAUUUGAAAUCAUGGCGUUGAAAUGCACCGUUUUGGCGCACCUACUGCUCUUUUCGAUCAAAUGUGUACUUGCUCAUGAAGUGUCAGACUUUGUGUUGGAUGUCUCACCUGAUGAAGUCAGUGACAGCACGGAAAUGGACAGAGUUUCACAGCAUAUGUUCAAACUCUACGAGAAAUACAACAGGGAAUCGCACUGGCCAAAAAAUGCAAAUACUGUGAGGAGUUUUAAAGCCAAGCUUGAAAGCUUGGAACAACAAGUUUUAUAUCACCUAAAUCUAACUUUGCUUCAAGAUUCUGAGGCCGUUCUCAGCUCCACACUUCACUUCUUAUUUGACAAACGGCUACGCCAGAGGUCCUGGUUCUGCAAGCGCUUCCGCGGUCCUUACUGUCGCAUCCAGAACCUUCACUACUUACCUUCAUUUCAUCUUUUAUUCAGAAGUUUUUCGUGUGAUUCACAUUUGGGCUCAUUGCUUGGGAACAUCACUUUUUACCCACAUAGUAGAGGGAUAUGGCAAACCAAGGAUGUGUCUCAAAUCAUAAAGGAAGCAAGACUCAGGAAACAGGCCAUGAUAACACUGGAAUUUGACUAUGGCAAAAAAUAUCAGAGGUAUCAGGAUCGCUUGUCAGCCUUCAGCCAGCCAUACAUACUAGUGUAUGCCAAUGACCAAGCCAUUUCAGAGCCCAACAGUGUUUCCAUGAGCUUACAGAGGUAUGAUCCAUUCCCUGCAGAUGAGAAGCCCACUCAGUCUUCAAAAACCUCACCUGAUAUGCGGGUUAAAAGGGACUUGUAUUUUCCUGACCCUAUCCAGAACAAUGAACUUCCUGAGGUGGAGUAUAACAGCUUCAAGGAGCAUGAUAAGUGGGAAAGCACUUAUCUAGCACUGAAGCCAAAGCCUACUAAAAAGGAGCAGAGAAAGAAAGAUCAAGGGCAUGAUGAUGGACCGAACAAGUUACAGGUUCUUAGCUUUGAUGAGAAAACCAUGAAGAAAGCACGGAGGAGACAGUGGAGAGAGCCUCGCGUCUGUUCCAGGAGGUACCUGAAGGUGGAUUUUGCAGAUAUCGGCUGGAGUGAAUGGAUCUUGUCUCCUAAAUCCUUUGACGCCUACUACUGUGCAGGAACAUGUGAAUUUCCCAUGCCUAAGGUUGUUCGCCCUUCCAACCAUGCAACCAUUCAAAGUAUAGUGAAGACAGUUGGUAUCAUUCCAGGCAUCCCAGAGCCCUGUUGUGUACCUGAGAAAAUGAACCCUCUCAGCGUCCUCUUCCUGGACGAAGCCAAAAACAUUGUAUUAAAGAACUACCCUGAUAUGUCAGUGGAGACGUGUUCCUGUCGAUAGGCUCAAUGGAAUCACCACAUAUGUGGAGACACGGUCAUUUGUUGUGGUUACAACACCAAAACGAAAUGUGAAGAGACAUAUUGUCUAUUGCUGCCACAUACUGUACAGUGGACACUGCAAAGUUAUGUUGUUAAGGGCUUUACACACUCUGUGAAUUCGUUCGAAAUUACAGUUUUCCUUAUCAUGAGGGGGUUUUUUUUAUCUAUAAUGAUGAACUUUGUCUCUGAGAAAACAUUCUGUGUAAAUUAAUUAAGAGAUUGCAGUUCACUAGUUAAUGCAUUACUGCUUUUUGUACGAAAUAGAGUCUUUUUAUUGCAAAUGAUGGCAAACAGUAAAGAUUUUGUCAAAAUACUAUGUAGAGAUAUCCAGGUGGAAGCAGAUUAUAUUUAUAUUAUGCUUGGAUUAAAAAUAUCCAUAGUAGAAAACAGUCUAGAACUUCUAUUGUGCAACAAGACCAAGCACCAGGUAGUCAAAAUGCUUGGCAUUUAAGUUACCUUAAAUAGUGUAUAAACAUGUACCGCCUUCUGAACUGAGUUUUCAUGUCAAUAUGUAUCAUAUAACAUCAGCAGACACUCCACAGCUGGAGAUUCAGUUUUAAAACUAAUAAUGAGGCUUUGAAACCAGGCUUCGGUUUCAAGACUGUAAAGCAUUGAGCUAACAAUAAUCCACAAAAGUUUUCCUUGGAAUAUUUCCAAGUGGUUGUGUGUCAGAAGUAGACUACUCACCAAGGUCACCAAUGUGUUAAAUCAUCCUCAGACAGCUUGUGUUACUUUUAGAGACGUAAUCCCAGAGUUCAGAGACGCUAUAGGGGAUUACGAUUAUGAAUGGGAAUGUAUUAUCUCAUUAUCCAUGUCCACAUAACAGUAUUUAAUUGAUCUAAGUGUGAAAUAUUUGGGGUAAAUGUGUUUAUAUACAAAACAUAUAUGGUCAAUGUUUCAGUAUGAUAUGUGUUAGAAAAUGUAUUUUUGUACUUUUUUUUUGUUUGUUUUUUAAAUUAUGAACUGAAAUUAGUUAUAUGUAUAGUGAUAUAUAGAAUUUGAAAAAAAAUCCAAACUGUAUUUGUAAGAGUCUUGAUUUUGUAACAGUCCAUUGAUAUUUACAUUUAAAGACAGGUUCUAUUGAAAGGCUUUUGUUGUAAAGAUCUCUGAAUAACAUGUGAAGAGGGUCAACAGUGAUUGCUCUUUGAAAGCACCCUUCGCCACUUCAACAUCAAAGAAAAGGAUAGAUGAGUCCUCGCUUUGCCUAGUCGACGUUUCAAACCCACUUCAAGAGCACCAGGCCUUUGAGAGCAGGAUGUUAACAUUUUUCUCACAACAAAUGAUGUCACUCCUUUCAAACACACUCAAGACAUUGUCAUCCACAGCAGACCAGAAAAGCUAAUGAUUUAUUUGAACAUUAACCAGUUAGUCAGUGCUAUGAAUAAAAAAUUAAGAUGAAUUAGGGUCCCCCCCCCACCCCCCGUCAGCAGUUUUGGUUGAUUUCUAUUUCCAGAAUAUAUACAAUAUGUGGUAAUAUUUGUAUAAUGUGUCUGAUUCUUAUGAAUGCAUUUUAUAGAUUUAUGACUGUUAUAUGGCAGCAAGUUAAUGAUGUACAUUGCACUCUAAAUGCAGGCAAAUCAUUUAGGAAUCAUUUUGAAUGAUAGAUGCAAUGCAAAUAAUAACCAUCAGAAGAUGGCGAAAUAAUUAAUUUCAAAGGAUUUUAUUAUAUAUCCACAAGUUCGUCAUGUAGUUGGCAAUGACUUAGAAAUUGGCAUGUACAGCUUUUUAUUUUAUGAAAUCAAACAUAUGCUUAAUGGUAUAUAUUGUGUUGUGCUCUGAGGGUUUUAUUUUUAAUCAUAGUCCUUCUGCAAGAAAACACUACCCACUAAAACACUUAAAAUCAGUGUCAACUUUAGACAUGAUCCCAAAGAGGGAAUCCCCAGUCCCAGGUUCUACUUGGAACUGCUUUAAUAACAUUAUAUGUUUCAUCAGGAUGUAGAUACUAGGCAGUUGGUGAAUGCCAAUAUAUGAGGUCAAGCCAAUGAGAACUGAUCCUAACAGACAAGCAUUGUGUAUGAAUGGACAGAAGACAUUCUGAAUACAACUGAAACAUCUUAUUCCUCAUCUGAUUAGCAUUUCCUGCAGCCAGAUCACUAAUUAUGACAGUAUUAUGCUGGAAUUUUUCACACAUUUUCAACAGGCAACAUUGAGAACUUUGCAAAGGACGAAAGUUUGACUUUCCCAUGAACUCUCUCUCUCUCGCGCGCUCUCUCGCCCCCUCUCUCUCUCUCACUGAGAGAUGGUUCUACACCACUUGCAUAAUCUGCGUGUGACUCUGCUUCAAAAUGUAAUGCAGAGCUCCCUCCACAGGACUAUGAGUGUAUGUGUGUUUGUGGUCAAUAACUUAUUUAUAAUAUAAUUUUAAAUAAAAACAUGCAUU